AACAACCUCAACUCCAUGUCCUUCGCCGCGCAAUCCCAGCACCACCAUGACGACGGCCAGUCCCAGUCCAACAUGUCGGGCAUCGGUGCUGGCCCUCUGCCCACUGGUUUCGGCAUGGGUCCUCCCUCAAAUGGCGGCAAUACUUUGACCGAGUUCACCAAGCGCAGGAACUGGUCGCAGCGUGUCAUCGAAGAGCUCAGAGACUUCCUCCACAUCCUUACUCCUGACGGUCGCAUCCUCUACGUCUCGCCCUCUGCAAAAACGCUCACCGGCUACGAACCACGAUACUUAGUCGGCAAGUUCAUCGGCGAGUUUGUGCACCCCGAGGACAGCGGCAUCUUCAUGCGCGAAUUCAACGAGUCCAUAGCUUCGGGAAACCCCUUACGCUUCUUUUACCGCUUCAAAAGAGAGGACGGCACAUACAUCAUCUUCGAAUGCGACGGUCAUCCACACAUCUCGUCCGACCAAGGAGCAUACGGACACAUGAGUGGCUCGGGUCAAGGCGCCAUGAGCGCCUCAGGCCUUUGCCGAGGAUUUUUCAUGAUGGCUCGCCCGUAUCCGACCAAGAAUGCCGCCUUGCUCGAUUCGUUCCUGGAGCACAAGAUUGAGAACGAGCGCUUAAAGAAAAGGAUCGAGGAACUAAAACGAGAGGAAGUCGAGGAGAAUCAGGUCCAAGAAAGACAGUGGCAAGAACAGUCUAGGCGUGAUCCGUCUGAAGCUGGCCGCAUGGAUGGCUCUAGUGAGCAUAGCAAAACACCAAACUACCAAGGCAUGCCGCCGCCUGCCAAGCCCCCGAUAUCAAACACUGCCCUCACGCGCCAAAAUCUCGACAGUGCUUUGUCAGCCCAACAGCCUGACAGUAUAGCAGACAAAAUGUCCCGUUAUGAAGGCUCGAAUCAUCUUGAGACUAUCGAAAUGCUCACUGGUUUGCGUUAUCGCGACGGCGAACGAAGUCACGGUAUUUCAACCGGUGAUACAUCGCCUGCCCUUAUUAGAGGCGAUGCCGGCAUCGCGAUUUUGCUUGACAGAGACCGUGAUGGCACUAAGGAGAAGAAAAAGAAACUCAAAGUCGCUGAAGAAUAUGUCUGCGCGGAUUGCGGAACCCUGGACAGUCCCGAAUGGCGCAAAGGACCUAAAGGGCCCAAGACGUUAUGCAACGCGUGUGGUUUACGAUGGGCCAAGAAGGAGAAGAAGAAAGCGGUCGGUGAUAGCGGUACGAAUUCGAAUGCUGGU